AUGACGUCCGUAUCUCUCGUGCUGCCCACGGCCCGGAGCAGCUCUUUGUUCGUGGACUGGGAAGAGCUGCGCGCCAUUGCCACUCGCGUCCAACAAGCGCUGGACGCGUCCGAGAGCACGACACGCCAUACUGAAUACGAAAGUGUCUUUGCAAUGUGGGAAGCCCAAUUGCAUGACGCUCCGAGCAGACGUGAGGACAAUGCAGAUCGAGAAGGUGCCAACGAGCAGCUCACGUGGUACAUUAGUGCACACGAAUACUGGAACGACGAGACCAAUUGCCCCACAACCGACGACGGGGUACUUGGAGGGUUCGCCCACGUUUCGGGCGUCGAUGUUCGUGAAUCGAAGCGGUUUCUCAAACACGUUCGGGACACAGUGAGGCCCGAGUGGGUCUGCCACGCGGCCGCAGAUUGUGGCGCUGGCAUUGGUCGCGUCAGUAAACUAUUGCUGACGCCGAUGUUUGAUCACGUGGAUCUUGUGGAGCAGAGUGCAAGGCUGCUACGGGCAGUACCGCAAUAUUUUGGACCGAACGAGACGUUGCGUGCUCGAGUGCGAGACUUGUAUUGCAUGGGGCUGCAAGACUUUGAGCCAGCACGUGCGAGCUACGACCUCAUUUGGAUGCAGUGGGUGCUCGUGCAUCUCACGGACUUAGACCUCGUUCGAUACCUAAAGCGGUGCAAAGAAGCUCUCACGUCGAGUGGCUUUAUCGUGGUCAAAGAGAACAUCUUUCAGACGGCCGAGCCUUACGACCUCGAUCGACAAGAUAGCAGCAUCACCCGCUCAGCUGUUUAUUACAAGAGUUUAUUCCAGCAAGCUGGACUCACGCUGCUUGCCGAGCGUCGACAGCGUCACUUUCCGGAAGGACUCUACCCAGUACAAAUGUACGCGCUUGCUUAG